AUGAAGGAUCUGGAGUGCAGCAGCUGUCACAAGCGAGGUCAUGAGGAUAAGAACUGUCGAGUUCGUGUGUUCGACAGCAAGUACGGUAGUGUGGGUGUAGAGAUGUACGAAAAAGGCAAUCAGCUGAUUAUCAGUACGCCGACGUUGAACUCUAGGAAGGCCCCCACGAAGAUCAACCAGUUAGAAGAGAAAAAGCGCACAGUUGAGAAAGAGCGCCGAGAUAAGAAGAAAACGAGUGCUCGACCCGACGCGCUGAUGGAAGACGGAGAGUUGGAAGAAACUACCCAGGUCGCCAAGUUUGCAGACACGUUAGGAGCUGCGAGGGUCACUAAGGGAGUAAUGUUGAACGAGGUAGUGGUAGAAGCACUUUUAGAUACGGGUGCAACUACGUCUAUCGUGAGCGUCGUUGGCUACAAAAGACCGCCGGAUGGAGACUGUGCUGUAUUCCAGCGAGGAACUCAAGGACGAUGA